CAACAACCGAAGGCACCCUUGAGUUCACGCACGACCUGCAUCGUUUCCGCGACCUAAAUAAAGGACAUCCGGGCUGACUCUUUCAUCUCUCUUCGCUCCAGGUCCACAAGAUGGGCCUGUAUAUCUUCGUCCUCCAUGAUUCGUCAUUCCACCAUGCUCCAGCGAACUAGAGAUUCCGGGUCCUUCUCUGAGGCCCCGACAAAAGAAUCCUCAUUCCUGGCAAGGCUGAAGCCUAUCAAAGCGCCUGCUCCUGUUCCGAGGUGGCCCGAUUCCCAAGAUUCUGUCGGAAAACAUUGCUGCAAAGUUGGAGAGCAAAAUUUUUGGGAAGUCAAGGAUCCGGGACGGGAGAAGCUGGUUACAUUGAAACUAGAGGUGCGCCUGCUUCUCAACACCCACAAUGAGCAUUUGAAAGAAAGGGAAGCUUGCAAUGUGUACUUUGCUAUAUUUAUGGUUGGCCGAGAGGAAACAGCCUGCUGCCCUACUCUUGUUAUUAUCAGCAGCAACAAAUCGGCCCGUCAAAAAGUGAUAGAAGUUAUUCGGAGCAACGGAAUUCUUGAUAAAUAUGAAGGCGUUCUCCUGGCCGGCUCCUCGAAACAUCCUCGAUAUCCAAGGUCCGCGCCGGCCGAGUUUAUCGCUUUUGGUCUAGAGAUUGAUGCGUCACGCUCGUUUCCUUCCGGCGUUGCUGUUUACAUCCAAAAGUCAAUUACCAAAAUAACUAGUGGAACCUGGAUUUACAUUCCUAUAGGCACGACCACAAUGGACGUGUCUCAAUUCCGAAGGGCAACCAUCGGUGGAUUCUUGGACUUGAUCACAGAAGAUGAUGUAAGGACCACGGUUGGUAUGACGGUUGCGCAUGCCUUUCAAGAACAGGACCGAGGUAGUAUGCCUAAUCAGUCGGAGGUGUCAGAGGAUGAUGACGACUUUGAAUUCGAAUUUGAUGGCCCAACUCCGGACAAUAUUUUCGGUAAAGGUAGCAGCGCUGACUAUUCGUCCAAGUCUUCGACUCGUAGUCGGUUUCCUUUCUCGUUUCCCUCCGCUCGCAAACGCAUUGUAGAAGUGGGACAGACUAUCAACCCAACCGAAUCGACUUCCUCUCUUCGACCCUUCAAUGAAACCCAAUUUGUUCUGGAAAAGGGCUCAGAACUUACCAAGCUCGGGAUUUUACUUAAAUCGUCACUAGAAACUCGACCGGAUCUCGAUUGGGCCCUGAUAGAGAUAACCGCAAAAGAAUUGACCAUUUCGAAUGCUAUAAACCUUAAACAAAAAAGAUCUAUGCAGUCCAUCAUUCCAACCCGGCAAUUCUCAACGAUAGAGACAGAUAUUGCGGUAGCUACCUGUAUUGGUUCGAAACAUGCGACCGUUGGGGUCAUGAGCGGUUCUUCGACGUUCUUAAAAAUGGUGCAUAGCGAUACCUUCGAGGAGGUUAAGACCGUGGCUUUGAGUGGAUAUCUAUGUAGCUUAUGGAGAUUCGGGGUCCUGGAUUGCUGAAAAGGACUCCGGCAGACUUUGUGGCCACAUAGUUGCUGGGGAUGUUUCCACGGGACUUGCAUAUGUCAUCCCGGCAAAACCUGUAUUUGAACAAAUUGAGCGCCAGCUUGGUUAUCGUAUAGAGCUUUCAGAAUCGGGCAAUAUUCAAUCAGAACGUUCGAAGGAUCGAACGCUUCAACUAGAUUCCCCGGCUGGCAUUA